GUGAAAUCACGUCACGAGAAUUAAAAUCACGCGAUGUUUGGUCAGACACCAACGGGUCUAUGCUGAACGAGAGGUCACUAUUUAGGUGUCACUUCUCUUUUUCUUUUUGUUUGCCGGGCAGCACAGCUUUAUAACACGUAUCUAUAUCGGGGAACGACGAGGGAAUUUAGUAGCAGAAACAGUGGAGAUGCAGCCUGCAACAGCCAAGUGGUAUGACAGACGAGACUCUGUUUUUGUAGAGUUCUGCGUGGAGGACAGUAAACAUGUGAAAGUAAAUUUCGACAGGUCUAAAUUUGUUUUUGGCUGUGUCAGUGGAACAGAUCAUAUCAAACAACAGAAUACAGUGGACCUUUUCGGGGAGAUUAACCCCAAAGGCUCAAAACACAGACGCACUGACCGGUCUGUAUUGUUAUGUAUACGAAAAGCAGAGGCUGGGAAAUCAUGGCCGCGACUUACUAAAGACAAGACAAAGUGUAACUGGCUAAGUUUGGACUUCAAUAAUUGGAAGGACUGGGAGGAUGACUCGGAUGAGGACUUGUCAAGUUUUGACAAAUUCUCAGAGAUGAUGAACACAAUUGGAAGGGAUGAUGUGUCUGAUUUAGAUGGUGCCGGAGAAGAGCAUGAUUCAGCAGACCGUGACAAUGAACAAAUGCCCAACCUUGAGUAAAUGAACAUGGAGGCCACCUAAGCAGUAAAUAAAGUGUGUUAAAAUCGAUUAGACAUGAGUUGGGCAGCCAUGUUGGAGAAGAGACCUCAUCUCCAGUUUCCAAAGCAAACCCCGUCCAGGGAGUGACUGUUGAAUUCAGACAUGCACCGAGAUCCAUAGCGACAUACAAUGCUGUGCUUUGCUGUUGUCUGUUCUGCAUGGACAAUUCAGUUCAAAUGAAAAUGUUUGUGUUCAUUGGCUUAAAUGACUGUAAUGGGAUGUGCUGAUGUCUUACCCCUUCUCUCUUUGUUUUUGUUUUUUGCAAUGUCAGUUUAUGUUUUGAAAAUUGGGAUUUCUAAUGAAGAAAAAAACUCAAAAUGCCUAUUUUCCCAAAAAGUUUAAUUAUUUACUUAACAUUGUCCCCUUUUAAUGUUUGUAUUAAAAAAUGCACUUAUUUUGUUUGUUAUUUAUGUAUUUAAAAGUCAGGAGAUCUGCUUGAAAUGGAUUUUCUAAUGUAUGCCAACAUCUGCAAAUAUUUAACAAUGAUUUGAUUUGUUUUAACAUUUCAACAUUUAAAAUAAACCUAUGCUUAUAAUGUA